AUGGCUAUUGAUAUGAAUACAGGAGAUAUUCUCCUUCCAGCAUUGUCCCUAACUCAAGGUACUUCGACAUGGCAAGAUCGAGAAUCUGGUCAGAUAUUUCUAAUAUCUAAUGAAGUUAUAAUCACCAAUCCGCCAGCCAAUGAUAAUAAUGUUAGUAUAAAUAUUUUUCCGACAGAAAAUGAUUUAGUACAAGUGUGGUUGAAUAAUUACAAAAUUGGUCAGUGGUCUGGUGGAGAAUUUGCACGAAGAAAGGAUGUAUCAGAUGUUUACGAUAAAUUUUUUAAAGAUGGUCAAGCAACAGCAAUUUCACAAGAGUACAAAGUACUGUACACGAUAUCAAUGAAAUCAGCAAAUAAUUCAAAAGCUCUUGUUCUAAAUGAAUAUGCUCGAGCUGCUAUUGCUGCAUUGACAAUAAAUUACGAUGAUAUAUUAUAUAACAAUUUUAUAGACGCUUCGGGAACACAUAUUACUGUAUCGAACAAAGUUGGUGGUAUGAUAGAACAACAAGUUAUCUUCAAAAAUUGUAUGAUAAAUACUACUAAUCUUACAGAUGGAAUUAAACAAUCUGCUUUGGAAAGAAAUCUAAAACGAGAACUAUUAUCACGACAACCAUGUAUUGAUCAUUUCUAUUGGCUUCGUCGUAGGAAACUUCUAGAUCAUCGUAUUGGUGGUAAUGUUUUGUUAGUAAAUAACACUGACGAAUGGAAGAAAACGAUAGUUUUGAAUCCAGCUUUAUUAUCAAUCUCAAAAUAUAUUCCAUGGUAUGAUGUAGUUACAAAUACAAAUAUUCAAAAUAAUUUACGACGAGCAAUAGAAAAUCGUAUCACUUUAAUAAAUACUAUUCGUCAAGAACAAGUACGAAAGAUUCAAGAAGAACGAGCUAAUAUGUCAUUGUCAGCACAAGUAGUAUAUGGCUAUUUGAUGAGAGAGAAAGUCAAUGGUACAACAACUCCAUUAGGUCCGAACACCAAAGGCAAAGAUUGGAUGGAAAUUAAGCAAUAUUCGUUUAGUGAAAAUAUGGCAUUAGCUAGUUCUCAAGAAUGUCCAACGGGCAUCGAAUCCAACUUACAGCUGGCUCUAUCAUGCAGUGCUGGAGAGAGAAAAAUGGGAGCUUGUGCAAUAAAAAUUACUAACAGCGAUGGAAUGGAUACUGUAGAAGUAACUAGGGAAGUUCCUAUCGCUUAUGAGCGAAAUCAUACAACAGGUAGUUUCCGUAUUGUUGCUCGUCGACAAUAUGGUAAAAUGGUUUACGACUAUGAUGUUGAAGGUAAUUGGGUAGAUGUCGGAUGCUCUGAGAUCAAUAAUAAAUGUCUCAAUUAUUCAACAGCAUAUAACACGACUGCUGAUAUCAAGACCGUCUAUCUUUGUUCUGGUUGCGAUGUAAGAUGUACUGAUGCCGAGAAAAAACAAUGUAGUUGUUAUUGUCCGAUUUACAAACGAGAUCCCGAUGAUGUGUUUGAGCCAUAUUGCGGUCGAUCAGAUUAG